AUGAGCGGAAUCAAGCACUGGCUGUCCACCUGGCGCGCGUACGACAUCGCCAACACGCUCGCGGCCGCCUUUGUCGGUGCCAGCCUCUACGCGCGGCAGCAGGAGCAGCAGCUCUCCAGCCACGCCGACCCGUUCAUCGACGCGACCAAUGCGACGGCGAAGCCAAUGCAGCAGGCAAUGGCUGAGGCGUGGGACGCCGACCCGGGCGAGAUGGCGGCGGCCACGUUUGAGUUCUGGCUCUUUGUGUUUGCGAUGGGCAGCUCGCCCAUCGCGUGGAUCGUCACCUACGCCUUCCAGUCCGUCACGCCGGCGAUGUGGGCCGCGUUCCUCCCUUGGGUUGCAGUCACCUUUGGCUCGCUCUUCAAGGGGCUCUCCGUCAUCGCGUGCGCGGCGUUCGCCGGGACCUACUGGUUUCACGGCCUGCUGAUGCUGCCGCUCGACCUGUACGCCACGCCCGAUGCGCUCAAGCAGCUGAUGGUGUCCAAGGUACAGCCGAACAAGCGCGUCGACCCGCACAAGCUUCCCAAGGCGGUGCUCAACAUGGUGGGCAAUCUUGUCUUUGUCGCCUUCCCGAUCGUCACCGGGCUCGUGUACGCCUCGCUCAAGACGGAUCACUUCCUGCGCGUCGACGAGGGCCUCCCGUCGCACAAGGAGCGCUGCCUCUGCCUCGCGUCGGUGCACCACUCGGGCUUUCGACUGCCGUGGCACUUUGGUCCGGAUGAGCAGCCUGACUUCCACGACUUCCACCACCAGAAGUUUACCUGCAACUAUGGCCACCUCGGCAUCCUCGACGCGCUGCACGGCACCUCGAAGAUGUACCUGGACCACUGCGCCAAGCUCGCCGCUGCCAAGCAGAAGGGCGAGUGA